CAGUCAGCUGAUAGACGAAUGUGAAUUUAUUAUGGUUAACUAUUUCUAGAUUAGAAUAUAAACAUUAGUUUUUUAUACCUAUUCCAGAUACAUGAAAAUAAAUGUUUUAGUAAGUUUAAAUACAUGAACAAGAGGAGAAGAAAUUCUUGUGAAGUUAAACUAAGAUGCCUCUCUAUGUUACUCUCCCACCUAAUCUUUGCAAAGAGUUAAAGCAUGAUGGUAGAUCUGUAUACUACAGCGAUUACUGUGCAAGGCAUACGAUGAGGAAACCAUCCCCCGAAAGAAAACCGUACACGUCAAUGAUAACACAGAACUCUGUCAACAACCUCAUCGGGACCGAUCACUACAGUACCCUACCACUAGGAUAUUCGCAUCAAGAUUACGACGAAACACUAGAUCGAAUCUACAAAAACUCCACAACAGGAAAUAAUGUGAAAGAAGACAAAGACGAUUCCACAAAAAACUUAGAUAAUAUACUGUUAAAUAAAGCUCCAAAGGUUUUCAACGAUAUAGAAACUGCAUGGGCAGAAGAAGUGGAUGCAACAAAACGGGAUAGAGGAUUAAUUUAUGGUGCUGCAGGUAAAGGAAUGGAUACUCAGAGUAAAAAGUUUGGUGAUACAGCAAGUAAGAUGCAUCCUGGAUUUGACAGAUGGUUGAAUACUGCUAAUGAAUACGAGAAAGAAGUGGUCCACAAAUUUAUGUCAACCGUCUCUGAAGAUCCUAAACAGCAAGUAGAAUCCAGACAGGCUUCAGCCAGACCGAAGACAUGUGAGAGUCUACCAAGCACAACACGUGGCAGUCCUGUCGAAAUGAAGACUUCUACAACAAAGAAAGUCCGAAUCCAUUCCCCUCCCAAAUCUGCCCCUCCCUUGCUGUCUGGCCGUUCAACACGUAGUCCUAAAACUAUUCAUUAUACUCCACCGGGCUCAGCUAGCAAACUAAAGUCAUAUAACUACUCUCCACCGUGCUCAGCCAGCAAACGAAGAGAUACGUGGCUUCCAUUGACAAGAGCGUCUUCUGAUCAAGGUUCUGUUUUAUCGUCUUCAAGCUCCACAAGAUCAUUCGCAGAAAUACCAGGAUACAAGAAUGUUUCGACACAAUUACCUCACCCAUACAAGGAGAAACCAAGCUCGCCGCUGUACAAUCCAACACAUAGAAGAUCAAUUUCGUCACCAGCCUCCAGUUUUAAACACAGUUGCCAAAACUGUGAAGCAUGCAAGAAGAAAUUGACGAAGAGAAUGUUAAAAGAGUUGUCUUUGGAGAAUCCAAAAUCAUGUGAUGAAAUAAAGAAAGAAAGGUCCCGUUACCCUAAAACCAUCUCAACCUAUCUGUACCAGCCAGUUGAAGAUUAUGCACAUCCUGGGACUUCUUUUCACACAGUGAACAAGCUUAAAAGGGGUUACUUUAUCAUCCAUCCUGACUUUGUAUCAGAACAUCCAGCUAACCUGGCCAUGAAAAGAGUUGUAAACAAGAAGUAUUUCGGAGAAUCAAAACCAGCUGCAGUGUACUGAAAAAACAAACAACAUUAUUUUAUUGAGAAAAAUUUCGGCAGGGAGAAAUUUCGUGAUCGAGGUCAAUCAAUUGUACAUGCGUUUUUUUUUAUUUCUUCGGGGUUGAAUAUUUUGAAAUGAUGCGGAAUUUUUUCCCGUAAAAAUGUACUCUGAGCAAAAGCACAUGCGCAGUGAAAUUGCUGCUAAUUUAUUAACACAAAGACAAAGACAAAUUGUAAAAUAACAGAUCAUGUGUAAUUAUAAUUGAUGGAAAAAUGUGAUUGAUUCUAAUGUUUGUUUUUUUUUAUUUAUUUAUUUAUUUUGAAAAGGCUGAUAUUUAAAAACUACUUCUUUCUUAAACCAACGUCAUGUAAACAAACGACUCUGAGCGACCCGUAAAGUUUCAUCACAGAUACGACAAUAAGAUACUGCAAUUUUUAUUAAAACAGAUUGUAUUAGACAUGGCUGUGUUUAAAAGUUCUUACUUUUAAAGGGAACAUAAUAAUAUGAAUAUAUUUUUUAACUUGUACAAAAGGCCUAAUUUUACCUUGACUGGUCGAUGCCCGGUAGCUGUUUGAACACAAAGUUGUCACCAUGCGCGGAGUAUAUUUGGUAUAAUCAAAUCUAGAUAUCUCUAUUAUAAUAGCCGUAUUCCGUCUGUCUGUCUCUGCGCGGACCCCCCGCUGAGUUAGAAAAUGAUGUUACGGAAACACGAAUAUCAAAUGCGAUAUAUUUUUAUCCACUUUGUUGCGACGGGUAAAUAUAAAGGACGGGUGAACCCGUGGAUUUUCCACGGGCUAACGACUAGUCUAUAUCAUAAUGCCCGUAUACGUCUUUCCGUCCGUCCGUCUGUCUGUCACGCAAAAUGGUAGCUUAGCUGCGACGGGCGAACACGGGCUAAUAUACUCAAUUAAAAA